UAGCACCCUUCUUCACAUUCCAGAGAGCAAACAGAGUAACCAAAGCAGCGCAGCAGCAUAUUGGAUGUUUGAUGUGGUUUUCGGAGAUAAGAAUCUAUUUUCCGGCUUAUAAUGGUUCGUGUUCUGUUCUUACAUCCUGAUUUGGGAAUUGGUGGUGCUGAACGUCUUGUUGUCGAUGCCGCAUUGGCUUUAAAGUUGCGUGGCCACGACGUCAGCUUCCUAACAAAUCAUCAUGACCCCAGUCAUUGUUUCAAAGAAACCGUGGAUGGUAGCUUCCAAGUACGAGUUGUUGGUGAUUGGCUGCCCAGGAAAAUCUUUGGACGUUUCUAUGCAUUUUGUGCCUAUUUCCGUAUGUUGUAUGCAGCGUUUUUUGCUUCGUUCUACUUGAGCAGCCGGGAGCAGUAUGAUGUGAUAUUUUGUGAUCAGAUUUCAAUUGGCAUUCCUGUAUUACGCUUGGCCAGAGGCCGGCCAAAGAUUGUGUUCUAUUGUCAUUUUCCAGAUCAGUUGCUGAGCGCCGAGGGUGGUUGUCUAAAGCGGCUGUAUCGUGCACCCAUAAAUUUCAUGGAAGAGUUUACCAUUGGCAUGUCGGAUGUGACAUUGGUGAAUUCAAAGUUUACGCUACGUGUCUUCCAGGAAACAUUCCGACGUCUUAAUGUUGUGCCUGAGGUUUUGUAUCCCUCGUUGAAUACUAAGUAUUUUGAUGAUAUGCAGAAAAAAAUACUGGCGAAUGAGGCGGGGUCCUUGGCAUCAUUACCGGUAAAUUUUCCCGGCAACUCCUUUGUAUUCCUCGAUAUAAAUCGUUAUGAACGCAAAAAGAACCAUCCUUUGGCCUUAAAGGCAUUUUGCCAAUUGGGCAAAAAUCUGAGUGCCAGCGAUUGGAAACGCUGUCGUUUAAUUGUGGCCGGUGGUUAUGACACCAGAGUUGUGGAAAAUGUUGAACAUUACAAUGAGUUGAGUGAUUUGGUUAAGGACAAUGGUCUGCAGGACAAUGUGGUGCUGUUGCGUUCCCCCUCGGAUGAUGAGAAAUUCAUGUUGUUACACACGUCCCACUGUUUGCUCUAUACUCCGGCCAAUGAACAUUUUGGCAUUGUACCUUUGGAAGGUAUGUACAUGUCCAAACCGGUAAUAGCUGUGAAUUCAGGCGGUCCCACAGAAACCAUUGUACACAAUUCGACGGGAUAUUUAUGUGAUCCCAAAGAGGAGUCAUUUUCCUCGGCCAUGGCGAAUAUAAUAAAAGAUGACCGGCUAAGAGAGCGCAUGGGUGUCAUGGGUCACAAACGUGUCCAACAGAAAUUCUCCUUUGAAGCAUUUGCUCAAAAACUUGAUGAUAUUGUGAUUGAUUUGACUAAGAAUUUAAAAAAUAAAAAUGAAUAAACCAAAACUUAAAAGAAGUAUUAAACCAAAAGAAAGCCCGUUGGUUAAAAAUUAAA